GCUAAAUUAGUGAUAGUGUCAGAUAAGACAAGACAAUAGAAGGACAGAAAGGAGUACUGUGAUCGAGAUAGCUGCUGCGACGACGACGACGCGAUCAUAUUUCUCAGUUUCUUCCAACAAAUCCAAACAAAGCAAACCCUUCUCUAUAAUCAUCGUAACGUUGAUCAUAAUCUUCAGAGGUUUAUGCGAUGAUGAUGGCAAAUAACUUACCGGGUCAACUUGUUGGAUCAGAGAUACAUGGAUUCCACACAUUGCAAGACCUGGAUGUUGCGAGCAUUACGGAGGAAGCAAGAACAAGAUGGCUUCGUCCCAAUGAAAUUCAUGCCAUGCUUUCUAAUCACAAGUAUUUUACCAUCAAUGUCAAGCCAAUGAAUUUGCCUAAAAGUGGUACUAUUGUAUUGUUUGACCGCAAGAAGCUUCGGAACUUUAGAAAAGAUGGGCACAACUGGAAAAAGAAAAAGGAUGGAAAAACUGUUAAAGAAGCUCAUGAGCACUUAAAAGUUGGUAAUGAAGAAAGGAUCCAUGUAUAUUAUGCACAUGGUCUAGAUAACCCAAAUUUUGUUCGUAGAUGUUAUUGGCUGCUUGACAAGAGCCUGGAACACAUCGUCCUUGUUCAUUAUCGUGAAACACAAGAGUUUCAGGGUUCUCCCAUCACUCCCGUAAAUUCAAACUCUACUACUGCUUCUGACCCAUCUGCACCAUGGCUUUUGUCAGAAGAAAUAGAUUCAGGGACCAAAACUGCAUAUGCUGGUGAGAUUAAUGAAAAUAUAACAGUCAAAAGCCAUGAACUGAGGCUUCACGAGCUUAAUACACUUGAAUGGGAUGACCUAGUCGUAGCAAACGAUCUUAACACCUCUGUUGUGCCUAAUGGAGGAAAAGUUCCCUAUUUUGAUCAACAAAAUCAAAUUUUACUGAAUGACAGUUUUAGCAAUGUAGUCAACAAUGCAUCUGCAGAAAUUCGUACGUUCAAUAAUUUAACCCAGCCAAUUGCAGUGAGCAAUAGUAUUCCAUACAAUUUUUCAGAAAGUGUUACUCUUCAGACAAUUAGCAAUCAAGGAUAUCAAAAUGAGCAGAGGAACCAUCCUGUCUCUUCAAGUGGUGUUGAUUCCUUAAACACUUUGGUCAAUGACAGAUUGCAAAGUCAGGACAGCUUUGGAAUGUGGGUGAACCAAUUCAUGUCUGAUUCCCCUUGUUCAGUUGAUGAUUCUGCUCUUGGAUCCUCAGUUUCAUCCGUUAAUGAACCGUAUUCAUCUCUGGUAGUGGACAAUCAGCAACUUUCCCUUCCAGAACAAGUAUUUAAUCUUACCGAUGUGUCCCCUGCGUGGGUGUCUUCCACAGAGAAAUCAAAGAUCCUAGUGACCGGACUCUUUCAUAAAGACUAUCUGCACCUCCCAAAGUCCAAUCUAAUAUGUGUAUGUGGUGAUGCAAGUGUUCCUGCAGAAAUUGUUCAGGAUGGGGUAUACCGUUGCUGGGUGCCACCGCAUUCUCCAGGAUUUGUGAAUCUCUACUUGAGCUUUGAUGGCCAUAACCCUAUCAGCCAAGUUGUUACUUUUGAGUAUCGUACUCCUGUUUUGCAUGAUCCAGUAGCUUCUAUGGAAGAGAAGAACAACUGGGACGAGUUUCAACUUCAAAUGAGGCUUUCUUAUUUGCUCUUUGCUAAACAACAGAGUCUUGAUGUCAUCUCUAGUAAAGUAUCACUUAGUAGACUAAAGGAGGCAAGGGAAUUCUCCUUAAAGACAUCAUUUAUUUCCAAUACUUGGCAAUACUUAAUGAAGUCAACUUUAGACAACAAAAUUCCAUUUUCGCAAGCUAAAGAUGCUCUGUUUGGAAUUGCAUUGAAAAACAGAUUAAAGGAAUGGCUUUCAGAAAAAAUUGUUUUAGGAUGCAAGACUACUGAAUACGAUGCGCAAGGACAAAGUGUCAUCCAUUUGUGUGCAAUUUUGGAAUAUACAUGGGCAAUUACUUUAUUUUCAUGGUCAGGCUUAUCACUAGAUUUCCGGGAUAAAUUCGGAUGGACUGCUCUUCAUUGGGCAGCAUAUUACGGCAGGGAGAAAAUGGUUGCAACUUUGUUGUCAGCUGGGGCAAAGCCAAACUUGGUCACGGAUCCAACUCACCAAAACCCUGGUGGAUGUACUGCCGCUGAUCUUGCUUAUACGAGGGGUUAUCAUGGCUUAGCAGCUUAUCUUUCGGAAAAGUCUCUAGUUGAGCAGUUCAAUGACAUGAGCUUAGCUGGAAAUAUCAGUGGCUCACUGGAAACUAGCACGGAUGAUCCAGUAAAUUCCGAGAACCUUACCGAGGAGCAGCUCUAUGUGAAAGAUACACUGGCAGCUUACCGGACAGCUGCCGAUGCAGCAGCACGCAUACAAGAAGCAUAUAGGCAGCAUUCCUUAAAGUUACAAACAGAGGCGGUUGAGUUUUCCAGCCCAGAAGCUGAAGCGCGCAAAAUAGUUGCAGCAAUGAAGAUUCAGCAUGCCUUCCGCAAUUUUGAGACAAAGAAAGUGAUGGCUGCUGCUGCUCGAAUACAACAUAGAUUCCGUACAUGGAAGAUUCGUAGAGAUUUUCUCAACAUGCGCCGUCAAGCUAUCAAGAUUCAAGCUGCUUUCAGGUGCUUUCAACAACGGAAACAAUAUUGUAAAAUCAUUUGGUCAGUUGGCGUGGUUGAGAAAGCAGUGUUGCGUUGGCGUUUAAAGAGAAAGGGCUUCCGUGGGCUCCGGCUUAAUACCGAGGAAGAAUCGGGAGAUCAGAAUCAGCAAAGUGAUGCAGAGGAGGAAUUCUUUCGGACUGGUAGGAAACAAGCCGAAGAACGUGUCGAGAGAAGUGUAAUUCGAGUGCAGGCUAUGUUCCGUUCUAAGAAAGCGCAAGAAGAUUACAGGAGGAUGAAGUUGGCCCUUAAUCAAGCAAAGCUGGAACGGGAAUAUGAAAAAAUGCUCAGUAAUGAAGUUGACAUGAAAAUGAAGAGGUAGUUUAGCCGAAGUUCUUAAAAAUGUUGUUAUUGUUAGGAUGCACACUCAGCAGAAUGUGAAUGAAGGGAGGUUGGUGUUGUUUUUGUAUAUCAAAUAGACUGUAAAUUCCCUUCUUUAAUAUCCUUCCAUUGGUGAUUGGCCUCUAUAUGCCGUCCCAAAGUUGGACCUCGAAAACCGGAGCUUUAAGCACCCUGGCUGAGAAAAUUAUCAUAUUUGUAUUGAUUUUAGCUAUUAUGUGCCAGCAUGUCUUAAAUAAUUAACAUGUAUAAAGACAUUUUUACUUGGUACACAUGAUCAGUUAUCUCUAA